GAUUUUGGAAGGCUCCCUCCGAAGCUCUCACCAAGGCUCGGCCGUGGAUUGGCUCUUCCCCGGCUGGGGAACGCUUUCUCCCGGGAGUCGCGGCUGUGACCUAGGUGGCCCGCCUUGGGCGGCCAGGUACGUAGAUCUGAGGGCUGGCUCGCGCUGCGGUGGGAGCGGGCGGCGGGCCAUCAGAACCCGGGUGGCAGCGGCUACCAGAACCCGCAGGUCCACUUAGGGCCCGGCGUUGUGCGAAGCGGCCACGUCUGAGCCCCGGGGGCUGACCUGUGCUGGGGAUGUCGCCCUGCGACCUGGGCCAGGAUAUCCCGUCCCAAGCUCUCGUCCUGUGGGUGAACGCCUCCAGGUCCCUGUGAGCACCUUCGCAGCAGGAAGCGUAGAGCUACGCCCGCCCUUUCGAAAGGCCGUGAAGGGGUUGGAGUGCGCACAUCUUAGCCUGCCCCAUCCCGAUUUGAGGUCUGUCGGCGCAGCCCUUCAGCGUGAGCACCCAGGAUGGGCACCCCGGCCUCGGUGGUGAGCGAGCCGCCCCCGUGGCAGGCCCCGGCUGAGGCCCGGGGCCGCAAGCAGGCAUCAGCCAACAUUUUCCAGGAUGCUGAGCUGCUGCAGAUCCAGGGCCUGUUUGAGCGCAGUGGGGACCAGCUGGCCGAGGAGCGGGCACAGAUCAUCUGGGAGUGUGCAGGAGACCACCGUGUGGCAGAGGCCUUGAGGAGGCUGCGUAGGAAGAGGCCUCCCCGGCCGAAACCCCUGGGCAACUCACUGCACCACUGCAGCCGGCUCAGAAUCCCCGAGUCCUGCGCUCCACUGGCUGACCCACAGAGUGGUACCACGGAGACAGCUUCUGAUGAUCAGUAUCUGAACUCCAGAAGGACAAGUGCUAGGAUCCGCCGGAACUGGAAGAAGCCAGGCCCUACAAGCUACCUCCAUCAGAUCAGACACUGAUCCAGGGAAGGAGCUGGCAACGGCAGUAUCUUCCCCAGGAAUCACAGGGACUUUUGCCAAAGGGCCCAGGAGGUGAAGAAGGAAGAGAGAUUUGAGGCAGACACCCCCCCCCCCCGACAGGGGUAAAUGAAAGACCACAGCCCAUUCAGAAGAGGACUGGAAAUGUCCCCUGAGCUCUAGGUUAUGUGGGACCCAUUCCUCACCAGAAUGAGAAACAGUGCCUCAGCUCUUCCCAUCUUACAGUAUACCUGGGCUGCAUGAUUAUUUCCCUGAGGGUCACGUGAUGGGCUCUCGGACUGAGCAUCUCACCACUCCUGCUACUAACCCUCCUGCUCCUCCUGUAACCCAUGGUCCAGCAGCCGGCCCACACCCCGCCCCUGUCUGGCUAGCACAAGGAAACCGUGGUUUAAGUGGCAAAAUAAAAACAUUCAUAUCAA